UCAGGUGAGGUGUGGGGGCAGAUGCUUUGACUGGUUGUUGAAUACAGGAAGUCCUCUUUUCAAAAUGACCACCAGGCUGCUGUGCAGAUGGGCACGAUUGUUUCCUCGCUGUCCUCAGGCUGCUACAGCCUCAGCCCGACUACAGACCUGCACAGUCCACCAGACAGAGCCAAUGUGCCAGAUGUCCCUGUCUUGGAUCCGUCCUUCUGCUAGGCACCUUUGUCAGGGCAGUGAACUAGCUAGGAUGGAGGAGACGACAUUACCAUAUGAACAAACACAACUAGUCCGACUUGUUGAAAAGGUAUCCACCCCAGAGGAAGUGCUUCAGUUGUGGGCAGAACAUGGCGGAUCUGCCAGUGAUGCUGCCAGGUGUCUGGUCCAGCUGAACCUGCGGGUCAUGGAGAAGGGUGGUGAAGGAAUCCUGCAGGAUCCGCGGUGCGAGAGCAUGCUGGAGACCGUACACUCUCAGGUGUCCUCAGUGUGGAAUGGUUCUCUGGUGGGUCUUCUACGUGCUCUCACUAUGUUGGGUCUCCCUUCUGAUGCCCCUCUACUCUGCUCCAUCCAGAAUGAAGUGCUCUGGAGGAUCCGGCGCCUCACCUACCGGCACCUGGCGUACCUGGUGGACUGGGUAGCCUUUCAGCGAAGACAAGGCCUUGCUGAGCAUAAGAGACUUCUUACAAAAACAAAUCAACCCCAAACGUAUGAAAAUGAAGCGCUUACCACAGCCCUGCUGAAACAACUGGAGCUACGCUGGACAGAGCUGUGUGACAGUCGUACCAUCAGCAUUCUCAUGGGCCGUGCUUCGCUCUUCACCCCCUCUCUCAUGGACAAACUGGAGGACAAAGCUCUGGAGUUGGCAGAGAGCUUCACCGCAGAGGAUAUCCGGAGGGUGGCAUUUGCACUGGCCUCUCAAAACAGGCGUGCCGUUCCUUUAUUACGUGCUCUCUCAUACCACCUGAACCAGAAACCCUCUUUUGAACUCAAAACACCAUUGCUGCUUGACAUCGCAUACGUUUAUGGUAAGCUGAAUUUUCAUCAGACACAUGUGCUCCAGAGAAUAGCGACAGAGCUGUUGCCUAGGUUAUCAGAACUGAGUUCCCUCGAUGUCACCCGCUGUGCCAAGUCUCUAGCCUUUCUCAAGUGGCUCCACUUGCCUAUGUUUGAAGGCUUUGCUCAGCACUAUGUGAGUAAUAGUGAAAACUACAGCACUCUGCAGGUGUGUAAUCUCUUCAUAUCUUUCGCCAAACUCAACUUCCAACUCGGCAAAGGAGAGGAGUUUUACCAAAAGGUACACAAAGCUUUGGAAGGUUCCUUUCAGAAUUUAGAGCCAUUCCUGAAAACAGACGUGGUCUGGUCCCUGUGUGUGCUGAACCAAGCCAAUCCUUAUUACAUCUCCUCUGUUACCAAGUAUGACUUUCAGAAGAAACUUACAGCAGGUGGCAUUGUGGAUCGGACUGAGAGCUAUCGGCUGAAAUUGCUGCAUAUCUCUGCCUUUGCUCAGCUGGAGCCUCUAGGAAUCACUAUUGAAUCCCCCACUGUGCUGCUGCCAGCUCCCCAGGGCAAAGUGGAGGUCAGCACCCCUCUGCAGAGCAGCCUACACACAGCCCUCCAGAGCCUGACAAACGGCCGGACACAGGCCCUCCGCACUGCUGUCAAAACCAUAUUCGGCUGGACAAUAGAUGGAGAGCUUAUGGUAGAUUCAGAAAGUAAGCCUAUUGAUUUGGAGAACUUGAAAGCCCCUCAUUUACCUGGAGGCGGUGGACGUGAUGCCUUACCUGCAGGGGCACGGAGAAUAGCAUUUGUGGCUUGGGAGUUUCCUAACUUUUGUCUCAGGAGCAAGGAUCUGCUGGGCCGCUUUGCCAUGCAGAAACGCCACCUACAGCUGGCUGGGUUCAUAUUGGUGGAGGUGCCGUACUUUGAAUGGCUGGAGCUGAAGUCCGACUGGCAGAAAGUGGCUUACUUGAAAGACAAAUUAGGGAAGGCAGUGACUGAGGACAUGGCUAAAUGAGCCAUCAAGCCUGUCAAUAACUUUAAAUACUUUUGACACAGGCUGCUCAUAGACAUCAACAGCGCCAGACAAUAACAUGACUUACAGGUGAAGGAAUGACAUAGAUAUUGAGUACUACAUAUACACACAACAGAGAGAUUGCUGCAGCAUCCUCAAGUCCCAUAACCCAUCUGAACAUCAGAGUGGAAAUCAAAUGCGUCUGGGAACUGUGAUCAAUCUCUGCAGGAACAGAAAGCAGAGCCUCCAGAAAUCAGCAGAUGCUCGGAAGCAACAGAGUUGUGUAUCCGCUGCCUUCCC